AAAACCACACUCAUAGCAAACAAUACCAAUGACCAACAUUUAAUCCUAGACAUGCUGCUGCAGGCAGGAGCUUCACUGAAAUCGAAGACGAUAUACGAAGAAAUACCACUACACAUAGCACUAAGAUGCAGAAUCAGAAACAACCAGAAAUAUCUUGACAAUAUUCGUGCCCUAUUAAAGUACAGCACAGAUGUAAACUUCCCAGAUAAACAGAAAACAUUUCCACUAAACAUUGCUGCCAAAUGUUGUACUUGCGAUAUUAUAAUGAAAUUGAUGUCACUCGGGGCAGAUAUCGCUUCAAAAGACAUCGAUGGCAAUACAUCUCUACACUAUCACAUGGAUGCUACAUUAUUUGAUAAAGACGUAGUGGCAGCAUUGCUGAAUUCUGGCGCUGAUAUGAAUGCAGUCAAUAAUAUUGGAGAAACGGUGUUGAUACGUCACAUAAGGAAAUCAAAUCGAACAUCAAAUCCCAACACGGUACAGUUUUUGCUAGACCAUGGGGCUGAUCCAAAUAUUUGUGACAAGGAAGGCAGUUCUACGUUAAUGGAGGCAAUAAAUCACGAUUUCUAUUCAGCUGUUGAAAAUUUGGUACAGCACAACGCAGACAUUAACCACGUUGGAAAAGACGGAAACACAGCUCUACAUUUAUGUUUGUUGAAAGGAUCUUUGCAGAAUGACAGCGCAAACGAUUUUAAAUUAAAUCAAGUUAAAGAACUUAGUGAAGAAUUGUUUGAAGAAUCAGGCUCAACAGACAAAAAACGAAAGAGAAGCUUCUUAAUGGAUAAUUCAAACAAACUUGCCAAAAUGUCGGACUUUUCAAGAGUGCAUUCUUAUGGACUGAACGUGCCACCAAUGAAAGCACCAGAGCAAUCAUCGUCUGCUGAAACAAAUGAAAAAGAAAGAAAUGAUUAUGUAAAUCAAAACAAAGAAACUGACGACGGGAAUUGGGAACUUAUGAAGAUCAUAGACUUUUUACUCUCGCAUAAAGCAAACGUAGACCACAACAAUGAAGGUGGUGACUCUCCUUUGAUAUUAGCAGUACGCACGGAGAACUUUGAGGUCGUAAAAAGAGUUCUAAAAGAAAAUCCAAAUAUGUUCCACCGCGGAAAAGACCAAUUGAAUGCCAUUGAUAUUUGCUUGACAGUCACGACAAUUUGUCCUGCGUUUUUUAAAGACGGAGUCUUGGGCAGGUUAGCAAACAGGAGACUGGAAUGCCUGAACGAAUUAGUUAAACAUGCAGAUUUGGGGAAAAGAAAGGAACAUAUAUUUUACAAAUUGUUCAAAUUUCUACGUCGCUUUUUUAAGUUUGAUGAAAUAUUAAUUACUAAUAUUUGUUCACGACUACUUGACUCUGAAAAUACGAUCAAUGUUAACUUUGCGAAAAAUGAAGAGGAUUCACCUCUCAUUUUCUUUUGCAAAAGAAGAGUUGUAGCUGUUGUUGAAAAGCUGCUUGGUUGUAAUGCUGAUGUGAAUUACGCUGGAGUAGGAGGAUCAACUGUUUUACAUCAUGUUAUUGAUAUACAAGAUGAGACAACAGCUAUGCCCAUGCUAAAUUGCCUUCUGGUUGUCAAUCCUUUGCUGGACAGGAAAGAUUUCAAAGGUGAAACAGCUUUGGAAAAGGCAAUAAACAUGUAUGUUUUUUGCAACAAUACAAACAGUUAUAUAUAUGAGAAUGAUGCAAGCUACAACGUUUUAUUGACCUUGAUAAAAAGACUUUUAGAAGCCGGUGCAGUUACUGAUCUGGAAAAAUUAGGAAAUGUUUUAAUGAAAUGUGCACGAAUAGGAGAUUUCAAAACAAUGGAGAGUCUUUUUUGCCAUGGAGCUGACUUGGAUUAUAGAAAUAUUCUAGGGCAGACGAUCUUACAUGUAUGUUGGUCAGAAUCGUUGAAUGGUGCACUGGAUUUUCUCAAAUUCUAUGUCCAGAAGGGAGGCGUUCUUAAUAAUAAGGAUAGAAAUGGUAAUUUACCGCUUACAUCCUUAUUGAAUGCGAAAUGUAACAACGAAAGAGCAGACACUGUUGAAAUAGCCGAAAUUUUCCAGUUCAUGAUAAAAAGCUCUAUGAAAUCUAUCGACGACGGAGAUGAUCCUAUUCUUUUACAUACUGCGGUCAGACAUGGUUUAAUCAGAACAGCAAUUGCUAUAUUAGAUGCAAAGGAGUGUGCAACUGUUGAAAACAAAGCACAUGAAACACCACUUUAUAUAGCAACUAAAGCUCGCAACCGCAAAGAGUUAAUCGAUCUUUUGUUGAGGAAUGGAGCUGACCCUAACCAACACACAAGCUUUAAAAUACCCAUUGUUUCAGCUGUUAAACAAUGCGAUGUACCCACAGUUUCUACACUCAUAAAGGCAGGGGCAUCCAUCAAUGUAAAAGAUCAAAUUGGUAGAUCACUUCUACAUGUAUUGUAUUCAGAUAAAUCAAAAAAAGGAGACUUGUGUCUUAUGACAAAGUUACUGCUUGAAAAGGGUAUAAAUGUGAACGCAACAGAUAAGGCCGGAAGAUCUGCUUUAUUCCCGUUAUUCCAAUAUACAACAGCAGAAAAUAUCUCUCAUUCAUCUUCAAAUAAAAAUCAAAAAGAUUUUAGGCACUCUAAGGAAAUGAGGGAAGAUAUGGUUCCUGUGUUAGUUGGUAAUGGCUUGGAUGUUAAUUUAGUUGAUAAGUCUGAUAAAACCGCACUAGAUGGAGUAUGCAUUUCAGGAAUAAAUCCAAAAGCUGGAAUAGCACUUCUCAAUGCAGGAGCAAACCCAAGAAGCAAUUGCCUUGAAAAAGCAAUUGUAAAUUUCCCUGAGAAAAACACAGUCUGGGUAGAAUUGAUUGAUUUGCUUCUUCUAAAAGGAUGUGAUCCUAAUGUAUUCAAUGGGGAUUCAUCGAACAUGAUACAUGUGGUAUCAUGUGGAUCGAGAUGCUUGGUAGAAUCGCUCCUUAAACACGGAUCAGACGUUAACUUUUGUGACUCAAGAAACAUGACAGCCUUACAUUUUGCCUGUGAAUUAGAUAGAUCAAAAUGCCGAGAUGAUAUUGUUCAACUUCUAAUUAAAAACGGGGCUAAUUUGAAUAUUCAGACUACCUCUGGAAAAAGGCCAUUAGAUAUUUUAGUGACCAAAAUGGUUAAAGAAGUCGGAUAUCAUACAGUGUCAGGUGUAACAGAGCGUGUCAUUCAAACAGAAGUUGAUUUGUCGUCAUUGAAUCUUCUUGUCUGUGGAGGAGCACAAUUAUGUUGCAUCAACACAACUGACAGUCUAGAUAUAGAUAGAAGAAACACAUUCUCAUCAGCAUACCAGAGAUUGCUAGCGGCUCAGGACAAAAAAUUGACAGAGUAUUCAGGCUUGGAGACUUUAAUAAAACAUGGAUUCUUCAAAGCUGCAGAGUGUCUUAUCAGAUGUGGAUGGGAAUUUGAAAAAGAGAAAUGGUUUGAAAAUUUUAAUUUUGCAUCAAUGAAUUUAUCGAAUAUAGAGAAAUCAGGUGAAAGUUACAAGAUAAUACCAAUGGAGAAUGCUACAUCCGAAUUGCAGACCUUAGUGAAGAGUUCUCAGUCGGUUCUUAAGCCUUUAGCACAUCGUUGUAGAGAUGUUAUUAGAAGGCAGUUGGUGAUGGCGUCAGCUGGAUCGGAAAUAGAAUCCAAGAUAGAAGUACUCCCAGUACCUACAACGAUCAAAUCCUACCUGAAGUUUGUUGAUUACUGUCACAAUACAGAAGUAUUUCAGCUCGAAAAGAUUCCAAGAAUUAGAAGGGAUUAUGGAAUUCCUCUUAACUAUUUGCAGUCUACAUUCCAUAACUCAUUUUAUGUUCCAACCUACUCUUUCGACAUGGACUCAGAUGAUGAAGGAAUAUCUUAUGAGCAAGUUAAUGAUUAUUAUGUUGAAUCAGAUGACGACUAUGUUUACAGACAAUAUAGUAAUCGUUCUGAUGAUGAAUAUUCUUUUUAAAACUCAGAUAGCAGAAAAAAAGUCAUGAACGCAUUUUAAUGUGAUUCUGUGAGUUUGGAAUGGAAAUUAAUAAAUCUAGGUUAUUUAUAAUGUGCAUGAUACAAUUAAUAGUUUAACAUUUUGUAAAAAGAAAAUGUUUGAUUAGCAGCAUUAGGUCGAAUAUUUUUUCUUUGUGUUUUUAUAAUGCAAAUACGUCUAAUAAAAUCCUUUAAAUUGUAGCAAAACAUCGCGCUCAGUAUGUACAUUUUGAUACAGAUAACUUUUCAUUUCACGACAGUAUUGAUGAUA